AUGGCUGUUGAACCAUUAUUUGGGACGAGAGCCCAAAAGGCUUUCAUUAUCACAAAGGCCAUUGUGGUAGUAGCUAUGGUUGGAUUAACAUUCGGAAUAGUGAGUGUAGCUCCGCAGUCGAAUCGAUACACAUUGCCAUGCUACUUAGCUCUUUUUAUUCUAGCAGAGAUAUUCGAAUUAAUAAUGGCACUUGAUGCUCUACGAUCACGGAACAUCAUCCAGCUCAUGGGGAUUGUUCUUUUUCAUGGAGCUCUCAUCGUCUUUUCUGCUCUUCAAGUUCAUGAAACCCGUGUCGCUAUAUUUAAUUGCACACCUCCUUGCGCUGUAGAUCCAAAUCCACUAUGGAAUAAGGUCGAACGGUUCCUAAUCGUGGCUCCCUGCAUAAUUGCUGCGUCAUGGUUCUUUUUGAUGUUCUGGAUCAAGCAGCUGUAUGAUGAGUUCGGAUGGGUUAUCUUCCAUGUUGUUGGGGCAAACCCGAAAUUCAAGUCGAUGUAUCAAUUCUAUCAAAUCUUCAUCUGCUUACUUAAAUUCGACUUCUUCUGUUUCGUGGGGGUGACUAUGCAGCUUCUCAUCGUUGUUCUCAGCAAAAAUUCUGCUGAAUUUGGUAUCACGAUCGUCGCUAUUCCUGUCGUUUUGUUUCUUUUGGCCGGUUGCGCACGUGCUGUCAAGUAUGAAGUCAAAUGGUUGAUGACUACGGCCCUUGCAUUGAUGGUGGCUGCGAUGUCUUAUUUGUACAAACUGGUUCGCUUUUAUGAGCCUUCCUCUGAGGAACAGUACAUUUCAACUCGCGCCACAUUAACCGUCUUCACCGUCGUCGCCUUCUUGCUCCUCUUAGCCUCGUUCGCGAUCGGAAUCAAGUGUUUCCGUGACUUUGACAAGGGACUAUCCGAAUCUAAGACGCAUGGUCAGUCUUAUGCACCUGUCAAGAUGCAGUGCUUACCCACCGCCCAAAUCUCAGAGCGCCAGUCAUCAUAUUCCCCAGGUGGCGUUCCUCUUCAGCAACAGAUAUCCAUUGAGUGA